UCUGAUUUCAUGUUUCAGCUGUCACAUUCAAGUCAAGUGGUCUAUAAUUAAAGAGAUUUGUUAGGGUUAAAGUGUGAAAUAUUACAAUAUCCUGGUUAAUUUCAACCUACUAGACGAGAUCCGAUAAGUCAUAAGUCGCAAUUCGUCGUGCAUAAUGUCGUACAAUUUUGAGGAGUUGUCUUUUAGUGAGGCAAAGGACCUCCUUCGUAAGUGGAGAGAGAAUAAUGAAAGAAGGAGUGAUGAUGUGAUUGAGCUGUGGACCUCUGUCAUCAGUGAUAAUGUUGCUAAGCUCGGCAAUGAAAAGCACCUGGUAUUAGAACAAGUCAUGUAUGCAGCUCUUGACUGCCAUGCUUACCAUAUCGCCGUCAUGUGUACCUGCAUGUUGUCGUAUGAGUUCCCAAACAGUAUGCGUGUCUUACGGUACGACGCCGCAUACAAUGAGGCUAAGGAAGCGUAUGGUGAAGCUUUAGAGACGUUGGAUAAGAUAAUUAAAGCCGAUGAGACUAACGCGGCGGCACGGAAGCAGCGCGUCGCCGUCCAGUCGCAGGGACUCAUCAACGAGGCUAUUAAGGAACUAGUUGAUUAUCUCAAGAAGUUCAUGUCGGACGUGGAGGCCUGGCAGGAGCUGUGCACGCUGUACUCGCGGCAGGGCGAGUACGCGCGCGCCGCCUUCUGCGCCGAGGAGCUGCUGCUGCACCAGCCACACAACCAUCUCAUGCAUCAGCGGCUGGCUGACAUACGAUACACCAUGGGCGGUGUUGAAAAUAUGGAGUUAGCUAAAUCGUACUAUUGUCAAGCUUUGAAACUGAACCCCGACAACAUGAGGGCCUUACUGGGAUUAUUCUUAACGACAAACAACCUGCUGUCGCACUACAAGUCCGCAGGCAACGCGGGCAAGCGCAAGGAGGUGUGGAAGCUGUGCCAGUGGGCGCAGUCGGGCGCGGCGCGGCGCCAGGGACAGACGCGCGCGCCUUCCGCCGCCGCCGCGCCCGACCUCACGCAGGCCAUGCUCGCGCUCGCCAUACAAGACUGACUCCAUACAGUGUCGUAAUGGGGAUGGUUCAGCGGCGCGCUCACCUAAUGUAAUAAAUUAGCAAUUUCCAGUCCAAAAUAUGUAUGUCAAGGUGACGAUAUAUCUACAGACUACAUGAAACAAUCAAAUGAAAAAAAAAACUAUAUUACCUGCAAAGUAGUCAUCUACACAGAAUCCUCCAGUAAAGUUAAAAAAAAA